AUGGAUCAAUAUUUAGAAUGGUUAAAUACAAUUGAAAUGAUUGAUUUUAUUGAAUCAAAAAUUAGUACACAACAACAACAACAACAACAAGAUAAUAAUAAUAAUAAUAAUAAUAAUAAUAUUAAACAAUUUCUUUUACCCAAUUCCUCUUCAUCCUCAUCCUCUUCUUCGUCCUCUUAUCAAUGGAUUUAUUUAAAAUGGAUUUAUUUAAAAUGGAUUUUAAAAUCAAAUAGGAUCAAUCGAAUAUCUUUUGAUAAGGGACAUUCAUACAACAUUUUAAAGGAUACUUCACCAACGUCGACGACAACAUUGAGUAUAGAUUGUACUUUACAAAAAUAUGGUCGAGUAUAUAGUACCAAUCCAUCAUACUCUUUAGCAUGCUAUUCUUCCAUCAUCCCAAUUUGA